AUGUACUUGCCAAACAUCAUCCCUUCAGAUAUCCGAACGGGCUGGAUGCAAGCCCCCUCAGAGGGUCGCUUGCAGGCAAGCACAAGAAAUGAUAAUUCCAAUUCGUCCAACAACUCUACAUCAAACGCACCUAACCUCAAUGUUAGUACCAGAGGAAGAAAGUCGGAGUUUCCCCCACUUUCAUUUUAUACUCCCGUCAGAGCAGCACCUCUAUUUUUGAACAAUGCUUCGAAGACUGCAUUGUCACUGUUGAAGAACUCGAAAAAGCCUUGCACUCAUACUAAUCGGCAGGAAAGUGCUUUUGAAGGAAUUGAGCAAUUGGGCCUCGAACUAGGUUGCCGAUUACAAAAAUUAAAAGAGAACGAAGUUUGGGGAUAUACGUGGUUGACACCACUGGGACUAGACAAAACAAUGGCUCAAAUGCUUGAGGAAGCAAAUGAUGAAGUUGAGGAUAUAGAAGAAGAUAAUGAGGAUGUAAACUUGGAAUUACAGAACGAUAUCAAUGGCGCCAGCAAUGAUAUGGAAGAGAUGCUACUGAAUUCAUACGAGGGUCAACAAGGAGAAGGUCAAGCUGCCGUUCAAAAUACUGCAAUACAGGAUGCCACCGAUUUGAUGACUGAGAAUUUAGGUCAAAUGCGUCGAAACGAAAAUGAGGGAGACAGUUUUAACGACAAUAUAAACUCUAGAGCCAGCAAUGAAAAUGAUUUGGGGAAUCAGGCGAUUUAUGCAAACACAUCAGGAGAUGUUAGGCUUCUUCCCGAAAGAGAUCUGGAUGCUGAUAUAAGUAAUUAUGAUAGCAGUCACGGAAACUACAGCAAUGUUAGCAUUUACAGAGGAAAUGACAACUAUUAUGACGAUGAAGAAGAAAUGCAUGAUGUGGUUGAUCAUGCAUAUAUAGCAGAGGACCCUUCUUUUGACGAUGAAGAUGUAGUAGAUGACGUUGAAGAAAAUGACGAUGACGAAGAUGACGAUGAAGAUUAUGAAAUCGGAGACCAUGCAAUUGUGGACUUGCAGGACGAUGAUGAAAACGAGGAAGGACACAGCAGUAUAGCUAUUGGUAACCAUAGGAAUGAGAUUCUGGGAAAUGUUUCAAGAACUCUUCUACAUAGCAGUUUUCACGAAGAUGCAGGUGCAGGUGCAGGCAUACCCAUAGGAACUGCUGGAAGAAGAUUUUUAGAAGGAGAAGAACAAUAUUUCAUGGCAUAUGAAGAUUACCAAGAAGAUCACAGUAUAAUCGAGGGGCAAGUUGGAAAGCCUUAUCCGUCAAGAGGUGUCUCGAUUCUUGAAAGUGCACAUACAAGAGGGUCUGGUAAUUCUGUGAGAAGAAACAUUAACACAGGCUACACCGACUCUGCGAAUUUGACAACUCCUACUACAAUCAAUUCUAGUAUUGGAAAUCAAACAACCGGUAACACCUCGGUCGAUAAUGACAUUCACGGAUCUGACUUUGACAUGACUUUGGAAUAG